UCCGCGCGUGCGCAGAGCGGGCCGGCGGGCGGCGAGGCGAUGGCGGCCAUGGGAGCCAUGGGGGUGAUGGCGGCCGUGGGGGCGCUGCCGGCUGGAGCGGGGACACUCCCGCCGUUACCGACACUGGGGGUACCGGGCGUGCCCGAGCUGAAGCCGCUGACCCGGUACGAGGCGAUGCGGCUGGGCCCGGGAUGGAGCCACUCGUGCCACGCCAUGUUGUACGCACCCAACCCGGGCAUGUUGUUCGGCCGCAUCCCGCUGCGCUACGCCGUGUUGAUGCAGAUGCGCUUUGACGGCCUCCUGGGCUUCCCCGGGGGGUUCGUGGACCGCCGGUACUGGUCCCUGGAGGACGGGCUGAACCGGGUGCUGGGCCUGGGCCUGGGCUGCGUCCGCCUGACGGAGGCCGACUACCUGUGCUCGCACCUGACGGACGGGCCGCAUCGAGUGGUGGCGCAUUUAUACGCCCGACAAUUGACCCUGGAGGAGCUGCACGCCAUCGAGAUCAGCGCCGUGCACUCCCGGGAUCACGGGCUGGAGGUGAUGGGCAUGGUCCGUGUCCCCCUGUACACCCAGAAGGAUCGCAUGGGUGGGCUGCCAAACUUCCUGGCCAACUCGUUUGUUGGACCUGCCAAAUUCCAGCUGCUUUUCGCUCUGAAGAUCUUGAACAUGGUGCCGGAGGAGAAGCUGGCCGAGGCGGUGGCCACCACGCAGAAACCCAAGAAGCCGGUGAUCGACCACGCAGCCAUCGCGGCAGCAAAGCACGCCAACGAGCUGGCGGCGGCCGCUAGAGCGGGCAAUGAAUACUCAGAUAGUGGAGACCACCAGGCGGCCGAGCUGGCAGAGCAGCAGGCGGCCGGGCUGGAGAGCCGGGCUGUGCUGGAGCAUCUGGCGGCUGUGCCGGGGCACGAGGCCAUGGUGGCGGAGCUGCACGGGCAGCCCAGGGCAGACAGUGUGUUGGAGCAUCAGGUGGGCGAAGCCAUGGAGUGAUGCUGCCGUGUUUGUAAUCGAUUAAAAGUGGGGGAGGAAAAUAGAGACUUUCUUUUAACUUCCCGACCAGUUGCUGGCUGCGUAGCCAGGAGGGUUUGGAAUUGUCUGAAGCAGGGGAAAGCUAUGUAUUUUUAUGGCCAUUAAACUCUAGCGAGCUUCCCAGAUCAAUCUGCACAGCCCCCUGCAGAGAGUUCAUGUGCUUAUGUGAAGGUGCUGAAGCCUUAGAAUUACGCUUUGAGUUCAGGGACACACACACUGCUGCUCUCGGGUCCCGGUUUCAUUUUUAAGGAACAAAACCUGUUGUUUUGGGAUGCCCCGCGUUGACUCGGACGCAGCUGUGUUGUGCAGUGGGCACAGCUGAGCAAUAAGGCUGCUGGCAAAGCACCUUUGCAGUUGUGUCUGCUCUGCUCUGCUGGCAGCAGUGAGGCUGGGCUCCCAUUGGAAUGACUUGCACUGAAUUCCCUGUGGGGCACGGGGACGAACUCGUGUGGGUUUCUAUCUGGAGAUCUGUGGGAGCAGGAAAGUGGAAUAAAUGGCUUUGCUGAA